AUGGCCAAUAUUGAUAUGACUUGGCCAACAACAAUAGUUACUGUAUCUGGUGAAAAAACAGUAUUUGGUCAACGUAGUAGUAGUAUAACAGAGAAAUCAUCUAGUGACAAUAUACAAAAAACAAUCAAUUCAUCUAUUCAACAUGAUAUUGAAAACUUAAAUUUAAAUCAUUUGAAUGAAGAUGAACGUCAAAAAGUUUUAUGUGUAGUAAAAAAAGACUUUGAAGUACGUGCUAAAGAACGAGAAAGAUUGAACCGAUAUCGUUCAAGUAUUUUAAGACGAGAUAGAGAAUUGGCUGCUAAAAGUUUAUCAUCAAUUAGUGAAAGUACAUCUUGUUUAUUAUGUGGACGUGCAUUUAUACCUUUGAUUAAUACUAAACGUAUAUGUUUCAAUUGUAAACGUGAAAUAUGUCGAAAUUGUUCAGAAUCUAUGAAUAAAUACGAUGAAUUCUUAUGUAGAAUGUGUUUAAAAGAAAAAAACUAUUGUGCAAUGACAUGUAAUUGGUUUUACGGGACAGUAAUUCAACGAUUCAGAGAAUUCGGAAGUACAGCUGUCGCUAAAAGUUUAUUUGGAUCAAAGUACAAACAAGUUCAAAAUAUGGCUGAAGAAGAACUUUGGAAUCUUUUAUUUCGAUCUUCAUCAUCCAAAAGAAACUCUAUCGAAUCUAAAGAAUCAGACAAAUUUUAUUCAGCAGAUCAAGCUAGAGAAGCACAAAUUAAAAAAUUAAGAAAUCGAUUAGAAAAAUUAAUGGAAGAAACUUUAUCUGAAUUAAAUGCUGUUGAAAAAAAUGAUUCAUUAUCACCAAGACAAAUUACUUGGCAACAUGAAAGUGUGGGCAUGAAGUUUAAAAAGAAUGCCUGUCGUGAAAUGAGAAAUUUCGUUCAAAUUCUCUACAUAACAACUGAAAAGGAACGAAUGAGUCAAGGUAUGAACACUAAGAAUAUUACCCCAUAUGUAAUGGAUACUUUAGAAGGUGAAAUCGGUCGAAUAGUUGGAUAUAGUGUGAAGGGUGUUACAGAUACAAACAGUUUGGCUGGUGAAGAUGAUAAAGAAUCUGUUACAAUGGUUGAUCGUGAUGGUGUAGAAGGACGAUUGGCUGAAAUUCUUUUCAAUAAACUCUAUUCGGACAUUAAUUCUACGAAACAAGAGACUGUUAGAAAAUUUUCAUUUCAAACAUCUAAUCCCGUAGUAACUAAUACAAAUUUAAAUAAAUCAUCUUUCAAUUUCAUGACUCAAUCAAAUCAAAAAGAUGAACUCAUUGUUACAGAAGGUUUUCCAAUCAAAAUGGAAUAUUCUUUACCAUAUAAUGAACAAUGCGAACUUCAAUGGUAUAAAUUAAACAAUAAAAAUCAACGAGUCCCAGUCAAACUUGAUUUUCGUAUUGAACAUGUUAUCACUGGUACAAUUAAUAUAUCAUUCAAACAACAUCAACAAUUAAAUCAUCAGUAUCCGAAAUAUCCAUUCGUAUUGUCAAAUUCAGGUUUGAUUACAAGUGAAACAAAACAAAAGUUGAAUCAAUGGAAUUGUAAAUUAUUAGAAUCUGAAUCAAAUACUAAUGUCAAUAAUAAUAAUAAUAAUAGUGGUAAUGAAAUUAUCUACCUACAACAUCAUCUCAUUAUAUGGGCAAGUAAACUUGAAGAUGCUGGAAGAUAUUUUGCAUCAAAUCAAUAUCCAUCGAAUACAGAUGGUAUAUCAUCAACCGAAGAGAAGGAAUUUAUACUACAAGUAAUGAAAUCCAACCAAUCACCAGGCAGUCCACAAUGUUCACCAGAAUUUAUUGAACCCCUUAUAGUACAACCUAUGAGCAGUGCUGCCAGUGAUCCUUUCAUUGAAAUGACAUGUAUAGUGACAGGCAAUCCUAUACCAAGAUGUUUAUUAUACCGAAAUUCAGUACCUAUCCCAGUGGUUGUAAUGCCUUUUCUCAAAAGCGAACCUAAUGAUCCACUAUCUACAUUGAGUUCUUUGACGCAAAAAUACACUGUCACAACAUCUUUGUUUGAUUUAGAUAAAUCAGAUCGUUCAAACAGUUAUACAAGAAAAAUUACACUACGUCUUAAUAGACCAUCCAGUUCAGAAGACAUAGCCACCUAUAGUUGCCGUGCAUGGAAUUGUAAUGGUCGAACUAUUACAUCAACUGUUCUAUCAAUGCAAGAUCACUUCGCUAAAUUCGAUUGUCCCUUGGAAAAACCAAAUUUGAAUGACAAUAUCAAUAUGGUAAAAAUUGAGUCAAUUCAAUCAGCAGUAAAUACUUCUCAAAGUGUUCGUAAUAAUGGUGAUACUCUGGUCAAAAAAGAAGAAUUCCCUCUAAUUACCGUAUUAAGUGAUUCACAUGAUGGUAUCAGUGAAUUCAAACGAUUUGAGCCGAAAUAUUCAAGUUCCAUCAUUGAAAUAUCUCCUGAAAACCAAUCCAUCGAUGUUAAUAUGAAAACCUCUUCUGCAAUAAAAACAACUAUUCAUAGAGAAAAAGAAACAAAUGAAUCAUGUAAUAGAAAUAUCCCAGAAAUAUUUAUGAAUAAAUCAUACGACAAUGAUACCACAUCAAAUAUUUCUUCUGAAUUUGAUACCAAAAAUUACAAUACUGUUAAUAUUUCCCCAUCAAAACGACAAAUUAUCAAAAUAUCAGAAGAAGUUACAUCCUUACAUGAAGAAACUAAUGUGAUUAAACACAUUUCAGAUGAUAAUAUAUCUCAAUCUAAUUAUAAUCAACCUAGGCGAAGAAUAUCACUACAAUCACCUGGACCAACAAUUUUUAUUGAUCGACGACAUAGUAAAGGAAAUCGUAGAAGUAGUACAUCUUCAAAUAUUACUGAACUUUAA